GGUGAGUGCGGAGCGGCGCGGGCUCCCGCUCGUUAACUGUCCCCUCCGGCCUCCUUUGCAGGGCGGUUGCUCAAAGCCACAGCGCGGCCCCGUCCCGUGGGGUUCCUUAAGCAGGGUAAGGAUGACUCAGUGGUACCAGCUGCAGCAGCUCGAUUCCAAGUUCUUGGAGCAGGUUCACCAGCUGUAUGAUGACAGCUUUCCCAUGGAGAUCAGGCAGUACCUGGCGCAGUGGCUGGAGAACCAGGACUGGGAGCAUGCAGCCAACAACGUAUCUUUUGCUACGGUGCUSUUCCAUGACCUGCUGUCACAGCUUGAUGAUCAAUUUAGUCGGUUUUUGAUAGAAAACAACUUCUUGCUGCAACACAACAUAAGGAAAAGCAAACGUAAUCUUCAGGAUCACUUCCAAGAAGACCCAAUACACAUGGCAAUGGUCAUCUACAACUGCCUGAAAGAGGAGAGGAAAAUACUGAGCAGUGCCCAGCUGUUAAAUCAGAUGGAAGUGGGGAGCGUACAGAAUACAGUGGUUGGGAUGCUGGACAAACAGAAGGAGCUGGAUGCAAAAGUUAAGGCUAUAAAGAACAGCGUUAGUGAUGUGGAACAGGACAUCAAGACAUUAGAGGAUGUGCAGGAUGAAUAUGACUUCAAGUGUAAAACUUUGCAGAACAGAGAACAUGAACCCAACGGUGUGUCGCAGGAGGAGUUUAAGAAGGAACAGAUGAAUCUCAAGAAGAUGUUUCUGCUGCUUGACAUCAAGAGGAAGGAAGUGGUGAACAAGAUAAUACAGCUGUUGAACGCCACAGAGCAUACUCAGAGUGCUCUUAUUAACGAGGAGCUGGUGGAGUGGAAACACAGGCAACAGACUGCAUGUAUUGGUGGCCCACCCAACGCCUGCCUUGACCAGCUACAGAACUGGUUCACCAUUGUUGCUGAAAGUCUACAGCAAGUUCGUCAGCAGCUCAAAAAGCUGGAGGAACUGGAGCAGAAGCUUACAUAUGACCCUGAUCCUAUCACAAAAAACAAGCAAGGUCUGCAGGACCGAACAUACAGCCUUUUCAAACAACUGAUCCAGAGCUCAUUUGUGGUGGAGAGGCAGCCUUGCAUGCCAACACAUCCUCAGAGGCCUCUAGUCCUAAAGACUGGAGUACAGUUUACAGUGAAGUUGAGAUUGCUGGUGAAGUUGCAGGAGCUGAAUUACAACUUGAAAGUGAAAGUGCUGUUUGAUAAAGACGUGACUGAGAAGAACUCUGUCAAAGGGUUCAGAAAAUUUAAUAUUUUGGGAACAAACACCAAAGUAAUGAACAUGGAAGAAUCUACUAAUGGAAGUCUAGCAGCAGAAUUCAGACACCUGCAAUUGAAAGAACAGAAAAAUGCAGGAAACCGAACAAAUGAGGGCCCUCUCAUUGUAACAGAAGAACUUCACUCUUUGAGCUUUGAGACACAGCUGUGCCAGCCUGGCUUGGUAAUUGAUCUAGAGACCACAUCUCUUCCCAUUAUUGUGAUCUCAAAUGUGAGCCAGCUUCCCAGUGGAUGGGCUUCCAUCUUAUGGUUCAACAUGCUCUCUACUGAUCCCAAGAACUUGUCUUUCUUUCUGAAUCCACCUUACGCAAAGUGGUCUAAACUUUCUGAAGUUUUGAGCUGGCAGUUUUCUUCUGUGACAAAGAGAGGACUUAAUGCAGAUCAGUUGAGCAUGCUGGGAGAGAAGCUGCUUGGGCCAGCAAGUGGAGGAGCUCAUGAUGGCCUUAUUCCUUGGACAAGAUUCUGCAAGGAAAAUAUAAAUGAUAAAAACUUUCCCUUUUGGCUGUGGAUUGAAGGAAUUUUGGAGCUCAUUAAGAAGCAUCUCCUGUGUCUCUGGAAUGAUGGCUGCAUCAUGGGUUUCAUCAGCAAAGAGAAAGAACGGGCUUUGUUGAAGGACCAGAGUCCAGGGACGUUUUUAUUAAGGUUCAGUGAAAGCAGCAGAGAGGGAGCGAUCACAUUUACCUGGGUUGAAGGCUCUCAAAGCGAGCCCCAGUUCCACUCGGUAGAGCCRUACACCAAGAAGGAGCUCUCUGCUGUCACCUUCCCCGAUAUCAUCCGCAACUACAAAGUGAUGGCGGCCGAGAACAUUCCCGAGAACCCGCUGCGCUUUCUGUACCCGGACAUACCCAAGGACAGCGCCUUUGGCAAGUACUACUCRCGCCCGAAGGAGGCRCCAGAGCCUAUGGACUUGGAUGGGCCCAAGGGAAAUGGCUACAUCAAGACUGAGUUAAUCUCCGUAUCUGAAGUGCACCCUUCGAGGCUGCAGUCCCCGGAAAACCUCCUGCCCAUGUCCCCGGAGGAGUUCGACGAGGUGUCCCGCAUGGUGGGCUCUGCCGAGAUCGACACCGUGAUGUGCUCGGCGUACUCAGCGUAAGCGGCAGCCCCGCAGCCCUCGCCGGCUGCCCUGGGAGCAGCGUCCCCGCUGGAGCACCCGUCCUCUUUCGCUUGCAAGUUCCUUGUCACAGAUUUGCCGAGACGCUGGGCCAGAGCCUCGGAGGAGAGGGGAUGCUCCUCUUUCCAAGAGAGGAGCAGAGAAACCCCCAGGAAGAACUGGGUGCAGGUGGGAGAAACGCCUGUUUUGUACAGCAGAAUAGCCCAAUGUAGCGUUCAGAGUAGCUGGCUGUACAGGGAAGGCUGCGAAGGAAGCCGGCUCUGUCAGGACCUGCUCCGAAGGCCGGCAGCGCCGGCCCCUUYGGCUCCCAAAGACCUCCUGCAGCUUCCAGUUUUCUUCCAGGGCCCAGAACGGGGAGCAGAACCCCCUGUGCAGGAACUGCGUGUACCGAGUCUGUGCAUGGACGUCUCCCCUGGCUUCUCAUCUUACUGCUGUGCAGCAGAAUGUCACCCACAAAGCACCUGCCUUUCAUUUCUGCUCCCUUCUUCGUGAAAGGUCGUUGAAUGGCUUCACACCAUCUUUUUUUUCUUAAGACGUAUUUCUUGGASAACACCUCCGAUUAGCUGCCGUGGAGCACAGGGGCCACCAGCCUGCUGCCCCUGACCCGUUACUCCCCUUCCUUAGCCUACCAGGGUGGGAUGUGGUCACUGGUGUCACUGCCUGGCUUUGGUUGCAGGGGUCAGCCCAGCACGGAGAUGUUUCUGCA